GCUACGGACGCCUCACACCGAUCACUCAGUCUGGCCGGCUCUUCUGUAUCUUCUUCACGUUGCUCGGCAUUCCGCUGACCCUAAUCUUCGCCUCAGCCUUUGUCAGCCUCUGCAUGCGGCGCGUUCGACGUGACAGGGACCACUUUAUCUGUUCCCAUUUUCAAGUGCCCUCUUCAAGAUGCCAAGCAACUCCGCAGUCCGGUCUAGCAGAACUAUUCGAAAACGAGGCUGUUUGCCGACUCGACUUCCCCGCAGUCGUCGCCUCGGAAGCUGUGAACUCGACUUGUCUUCUGCCCAUCGACGGAGAGGCGACGGAUGGUGCUGCAUCGUCGCCGUUGACCCAGCCUCGACUACGACUCAAGACACGUCCUGUCUCACUCAUCCUCGCCGCAGACGGUGCCGGAUCAACGCGAGACGCCGAAAGUCAGGCCCAACCUGAGCCGGCGUCCACCAACCGUGUCGCCAUCUCCGCUUCUCGGUUUCAGGCGAAUCAAGCCGCCUCGCUUUCGCCCUUGCCGUCGGACUCGGCGUCCGAGACCGGGCCGGCUUGCGCGAGACUCGAGGGCCGGUCUGUUGGGCAAAAUCUCUCCUGUCUGCCGAUG